AAGUAAGUCACCACCAUAGAAGCAGAAGCCUCUUACCUUAGGGUUUUCGGCUACUACUCAAUUAACUUUUUUAUUCUUUCAUUUAUAAACCCCUUGGCUAAACCCUACAUUAGGUGUUGGUAAAACCCAUUCCAAUUUUAAGGUAACCUAUAUUUCCCUUUUAUUCGGUUGCAGCAAUUGAAGCAGACGAUCUAAAACAAUGGUUCGAAGCAUCAAAAAUGCCAAAAAAGCCAAAAGAAAGAAGACCAAGGUUUCAAGUAAUGGCGCUGGGUCCACCUCUUCGUCGUUACCAAAAUCUCCUUCAUUGCCGGCAAGAGUAUGGAGGCCCGGUGUUGAUAAAUUGGAGGAAGAUGAAGAGCUUCAGUGUGACCCUUCUGCUUAUAAUUCUCUCCAUGCCUUCCAUGUUGGUUGGCCUUGUUUAAGUUUUGAUAUUGUUCGGGAUUCCCUGGGAUUGGUUCGAUCGGAGUUCCCUCAUACUAUCUUCGCUGUUUCUGGUACUCAGGCAGAUAAGCCUCCGUCGAAUUCUAUUGAAAUAUUGAAGGUAUCUAACAUCUCUGGGAAAAGGCGUAAAUUACUGCCUAAAAAAGCUGCUGAUGGCUCCGACAUGGACAGUGAUAGUGAUAGCGAUAGUGAUGAAGAUGAGGAUGAGAAAGGAUCAGGAGAACCUAUAUUGCAGUUGCGCAAGGUGGCUCAUCAAGGCUGCGUUAAUCGAAUACGUUCCAUGCCACAAAAUCCUCAUAUUUGUGCUACUUGGGGGGAUACCGGUUUUGUGCAGGUUUGGGACUUCAGUGCCCAUCUAAAUUCCUUGGCUGAAUCAGAAACAGACACAAGUCAAGGUCGAACUUCAGUAUCUAAUCAAGCCCCAUUGAGUAUGUUUAGACAUAAAGAUGAAGGAUAUGCUAUUGAUUGGAGUCCCCUUGUUCCUGGAAGACUUGUGUCUGGUGAUUGCCAGAAUUCUAUUUAUAUUUGGGAGCCUGCAUCUGAGUCAAAAUGGAACGUUGAUAAGAACCCAUUCGUUGGACAUGUUGCUAGCGUGGAAGAUCUGCAGUGGAGUCCUACCGAAGCCGAUGUAUUUGCUUCUGCUUCUGUGGAUAAGACCAUUGCUAUAUGGGAUAUUCGCCAAGGAAAAUCUGCUUUCAAAUCUUUUAAGGCCCAUGAUGCAGAUGUUAAUGUAAUCUCGUGGAACAGGCUAGCAAGCUGCAUGUUGGCAUCAGGCAGCGAUGAUGGAUCAUUUUCCAUUCAUGAUCUUAGAAUGCUCAAGGAUGGAGAUUCUGUGGUGGCUCACUUUACGUACCAUAAACACCCGAUCACUUCCAUUGAAUGGAGUGCACAUGAGGCUUCUACGAUCGCAGUCUCUUCAGCCGACCAUCAGCUGACAAUUUGGGACUUGUCGUUGGAAAGAGAUGAAGAAGAGGAGGCAGAAUUCAAAGCUCAAACAGAUGACUCGGUGAACGCUCCCGAAGAUUUACCUCCACAACUUUUAUUUGUGCAUCAGGGACAAAAGGACUUGAAAGAACUCCAUUGGCAUAACCAGAUUCCAGGAAUGAUCAUAUCAACUGCCGCUGAUGGCUUUAAUAUCUUAAUGCCUUCGAAUAUUGAGACCCCCCUUCCACCGGCCAAUGGCAGUGCUUGAAAACAUACGUCUUCUCCAUCGUCUUUCCAUUGUUGAUCUAUGCGGUUGCAGAGUAACGUUAGAUUUUUGGAGAACAGAUUUCAUGCAAGCAUCGGUCUUAAGAUGGGAUAGUAGUCUUGUUCUUCUUUGUGUAAUUAUCGUUUGCUAUAAAGACGUGGUUUUUUUGGAUGGGAUUUGAUCAUUUUGUGCUGUUUUACUUUGUAACAUUUUAAAUAGAUGGAAAAACCGACUUUUUUUGGCGAGGAAGAAACUGAAGGAAUAAUAAGAGCUUUUUCGUUUCCGACAUUUUAUUGUUCUUUCACAAAUUGUUGUAUAAGACUAUCUCUUGUGCAAAAUAUAAGUAUGAGCUUUUUUUAUUUUGAAGUUUCAU